AUGAACCUCGUCCGAGUACUUCUCGUCGCUGCUGCAGCCACCUCCUCCGCCGAGGCCGUCUCCAUCGACUACGACAAGGUGGAGCCGUUCCCUCAACCAAGCCCGGUCACCGUUUCCGAGAAGGCCGCGGUCAAAUUCAAACCACGACUGCUUAUCGCCGACGAGGUUUCAUGCGUUCCGUUCCUCGUCGUGAACGCUGCAGGCGAGACUGGCGGUGGGCUCAAGGGGAAUGGCGGCAACGACGGCUGCGAGGUUGCUCCAUUGGGGGCGCAGGUCUACGGCCGAUCUUCGUGGCACAACGACGGCUUCUGGGACGGCUCUGCGUUCUGGCGCCACGACUGGGCCAGCGCCGUCGUGUGGAUCGACAACCCGGCGUUGGAAGCUCCGAAGGUUGUGAGGCUCUCGCUGUCGACUUCCAAGGACUCAUACAAGAACCGAGCGCCGGCUUCGUUCGUCAACGGCACGGCCCCAUUCCUGCUGCGGUACCUCCCUGGAAUGAGCAGUGCGGCGUUGAUAACCAUCGAUAAGCCUGGUGGAGAUUUCCAGGAUCUCAUCAUGUGGGAACAACUCACGGACGUGGCACGGGAGGCUCUAAACAACGCGGAGAACUUUGGUCGCGCUGACGUUCCCUUCAGCGACAACAACUUCCCCACGUGGCUGGAGAAAGCGUGGCCGCUCUAA